UUCACAUUUUAACUCAACCAUGGUUUGCGUGCGGUUCCCAUCUGACUAAUUCUCAGAACGACGAUUUCCGACUCCGACGAAGAAAACAUUUAAAAAACGAGCACAAUAAAUCAUACCCUCGUGUCAACGCCAACAAUAUUGUAAUGUACAGUUAUCAAUGAUCAGAGGCUCUCAAAUCUUCACAAAUUUAUCGGGACGUCAGAUUUACAGGCUUUUUCACUGAAUUCUAUUUACAGUGUUUGCUUCUCAGGCUUCCAAACUGCAAAUCAGAUUAAAAAGAAAAAAAGUGAAUAAUCAGAAAGUCAUCGAUUUCUCACUUGGGCAUUAAUAUACAGGCAGGAUUUUCAAGAAUUGGAGCCUCAUAUUCUUGAAACUAGGGUUUAAAAAGAUUCGGGCAAGUUUUUAUUGGGUACGAGUCUUUUAAAGAUUUGCAACUCUCAAAAAAGUGUAAUUGAAUUUGGGCUAGGUUAGAAAACGGAAGAGAAAUGGUGGAACCUGAUGAUAAAUUGGCGUACUUUCAAGCCGUUACUGGUUUAGAGGAUCGGAAUUUAUGUACCGAGAUACUGGAAGCUCAUGGGUGGGACCUGGAAUCGGCUGUUUCAACCAUGACAGAAGAGGCGAAUGCUUCGUCAUCAGCUUUGGCUGAGAAUUCCGAUUCCACAAAUUUGGCUCGAAAUUUGGAUUCUACAAACAUGGUCGGAAAUUUUAAUUCUACUUCGAGCCAUUGGGAGGGUGUAGAUGGAUCCGAUGCGCAGAACCAUCAGAUAGUGCCUAACCCUGCGGCACCUGGACUUGUAUGGAAGCUCGUAACUCUGCCGUUUUCUGUUGUGAGAGGUGGAUUUGGCCUUCUUUCGGGUGUUGUAGGGUUUGGCAUGUGGGUAGCAGGAGGUGUACUCUCUCAUUCUUUUAAUGUCAUUGGAUGGGGUCCGGGGCAAGGUCAGAGCGAUGGAAACCAAAAUGCUCCGCUUGUUUCGCUGUCGUCUGGGGCAGCUGAAGCGGUUUCUUUUAUUGCUGGGUUUGAGAGAGAAUAUGGUGAAUUUCAUCCUGCCUUCCAGAGGGCUGGCUUCAUGGAAGCCCUGCAGACCUCUAGGGAAGAGUUCAAGUUGCUGUUUGUUUACUUGCAUUCGCCGGAGCAUCCGAAUACGAUGGGUUUUUGCCAGGAUACCCUGUGUUCCGAGGUGGUUGUGGAUUUUGUGAACCAGAAUUUUGUUACAUGGGGAGGGAAUGUGAGGGCCAGUGAGGGUUUUAAGAUGAGCAACAGUUUGAAGGCGUCUACUUUUCCUUUUUGUGCGGUUGUUAUGCCGGCAACCAAUCAGCGAAUUGCUCUUCUUCAGCAGGUUGAAGGCCCAAAGACGCCGACAGAGCUACUGGAAGUUCUUCAGAGGGUAGUAGAAGAAAGCGGAGCUGUACUCGCUGCAGCCCGUAUUGAGGAGGAAGAGAGGAGACAUAAUAGGCGAUUAAGAGAAGAACAGGAUGCUGCAUAUCAAGCUGCUCUUGAAGCUGAUCAGGCCAGAGAGAGGGAAAGGCAAGCAGAGGCAGAGCGCUUGCAAAGAGAAGCAGCUGAAGCAGAAAGGAGGCGUAAGGAACAGGAAGAGGCCAUGGCAAGAGCUGCUCAGGAAGCAGCUGAAAGAGAAGCAGCUUUAGAAAGGCGGCGCCAGGAAAAGGCUAUGGCUUUGGGUGUGGAGCCUGAGAAAGGGUCUGAUGUUACACAGGUCCUUGUGCGGUUUCCUAAUGGGGAGAGAAAAGAACGGAGAUUUUAUAGCUCAGCAAUGAUUCAAUCCCUUUAUGACUAUGUUGAUUCGUUGAAUUGCCUGAAUGUUGAAAAAUACAGCUUAGUCACAAACUUUCCUCGAGUAGUCUAUGGUCCAGACAAGUUUGCAUUAUCUCUGAGGGAAGCGGGCCUUCAUCCACAGGCCAGUCUCUAUGUGCAGGUGGAGGAUGCAUGACAUUUUUGGACUAUAACUUAUGCUUGUGGUGUAGCAUCAUUUUUGGUCAAUUCCAAUUGAGCCAAUUCUUUUAGCGGUGAAGUAUAUUUGCAUCUGUGAUCUUGGCCAAGAAGCUCUUCCCUUAAACUGCUUUGCUUAUAUGGAAACUUGAUGUACUAUUUUCAAAUAUUAUUUUUGUUUGAGGUCUAUAAGUUAUUUAAUUAUGUCAGAAUGCAUAUAGGUACAUUAAAAAUGUACAUUGAUAAACUUUGCAUACAAGUUGGUAAGUCAAAGAAACUCCAACUGCUAUCCAAUCAAAUAACCUUUCAUGAUACAUCCAUGUAAGAAGGAAACUCUUGGCACGCUAUUAAUAACAUCUAGUUUCCUGCCA